UUCACUGGCAACAACGACUUCACUGGACGGGGGAGAGGAACGUAACGAAAGAAAUUCUCAUAUUUAAUCAAAUCCAACUGAAAGAAAUGUAAAGUAAUAGAAUCUUCCUUUUUUGGCUACACAGGGUGUAGCUGUGCUGCAAGGGAAGUUUUUAAAGUGCUUGAGUUAUUCAAUUAUUCAUCGAUUUACAACUCAAAGAAUCACUCAUUUUCAGUUCUUCCAUCAAUCCAUUCAUCACCAAAUGACCACACUUGGUAAAGCGUAUCUGAUGUGAUGAUACUGGAGGAAGUUGAGUGGGUCUGAUGUCUGAGAACUUUCUGAUGUUGGUGUUACUGCAUCAGGAACUGAUUGGAUGAUAUAUGGGAGCCAUCAGUUCUUGAUGCACUGCCUUCAGCAUCGAAAGAGACGCCCCAUCAGCCAGUCUUUACUGUUACAAUCUAGGUCUUGACCCCGUAGGUCUUGACCCCGUAAUUGCUGCUUGCAGCUAUAUUUUGUUUUGAGUGCCAUGCAGUGAAAUUAUAAGCACACUGUGUACUGUUUUAUUACAUAUUAUAUUUUAAUAAAGUUUUUAUUAUGGUCUAUCUUUCUUUGAAUACAAAUUAUUUUAAACAACUUGUUUUUAAAUAAAAUGAUAUUAUAAUACUUCCAGUGUUUGGAAAUGCACAAAAGAAAAAAUGAAAUGUGAUACAGCGCCCACUAUUGAUUAACUUCAUUUUGAUUGCCAAGUCAUUGCCACAGUUUGAGAUGUAAAUGUUGUAAGAUGAGAAAACAAAAAUGUAGAAAAUAAUUGCAAUAAUAAUACGUUAUAUCAGUGAGAUAAAACGAUACACGAGAAAAACAAAGAACUGUUUAUAUCUCUCGAGAAAAACUAACAACGUGAUAGAAACGAGCGCUACAAGUGUCUUGUGUUGAAUGUCGCCCUCUGGUGGUCAUCAUAUGCCACCGCCACCUAUCAGCACUAGGCUCGUGAUUGUGAAACGACUUGCAGUGUGUCAGUCUCAGGAUUGAAGCUUUGUUGUUCAAGUAUCACCAGAUAUAUAUUUUAGGAGCUAAAAAUACCGACAGCUCAUAUGAGCUCGAAGGGAGGCAGACAUAAACGCACGAAAAAUGUGCGCAAACUGGAUGCGCACGAUGCGCCCUCAUUAGAUCAAUCAAUCAUCGACAAACGUCUGAAUAUUAUACCUGAGGGACGACAGUUAGAGCGAACACCUCCAUCCAAAAUUGAAAGCGUCUCAGACCAAAUAACUAAAGCAGAAGAUUCAACAAUAUCACAGCAGGUGAUCAAAGACGAGCCGUGCACACAGGAAAUGACUAUAAACAGUUCCUUCAAUGGAUCAAGUGAAGUUCUCAAGCAAGCUAACGUUAAAGACGAAAGGAAGUCCGUCAGAAGGUCCAGUUUAACAGCUGCAACAGCGACAUCUGGGAAUGCAGAUCCGGAAACCUUCAUCCAGGGAAUGCAGGGUUACCAGUGGACAGACACGGACCUGGAAUUUGUCUAUCAAACUAAAUGCAAGAAGAAGGUUCAGAAGCUUCAGCAAGAGAUAAGUGAUGUGCUGAAUGCUCUCAAAAGCACUAGGCAAGUGCGGGACGUGGCUGUUGCUGCCCAUGAAAAAAUACAAGAAGAGCUUUCGAAGAUGUCGUCGUGCGAACGGGUGCAGGAAAUGUCUAAGGAGACACUCCUCAAGUCACAAAGCUCCGUUGAGCUCGAAGGGCUCGAUUUCAAAGGUCUUCUAGCUCAACUGAAGGUGUCCGAUGUGCAGCAUUUUACUUCUGAAGAGAGGACGAACAUCAGCAAGCUCAACCCAGAGGUGACGAAAGCACAAGCAAUGAGAGAAAAUCAGGAGCAAUUCACAAAGGACAUUGACACCUGUAAAGUGAACAUCGACCAAAUCAAGGUAAACAUACAGACAAUGACUGCGGCUGUAGCUGCUCUGGAGUCCCAGCUGUCGGUUAAGGAGGCGGCGGCACUCUCUGCCAAACCACGAAAAAAAGUCCAGAGAGGUCCUAAACCAACCACCGCCCCAUCUGCCCCAAAACCUUCUACUAAUGCCUCUUUCGCUCCAAAACGUUCUGCUGACUCCAAACCCUCCUCUGUCCCAAAACCCCCUUCUGCUCGAUCUGCUCCAAAUGGAUCAACUGCCCCCAAACCGCCUACAUCUGCCCCAAAAGCUUCCACUGCCCCUAAACCCUCCUCUGUCCCAAAACCCCCUUCUGCUCGAUCUGCUCCAAAAGGAUCAACUGCCCCCAAACCGCCUACAUCUGCCCCAAAAGCUUCCACUGCCCCUAAACCCUCCUCUGUCCCAAAACCCCCUUCUGCUCGAUCUGCUCCAAAAGGAUCAACUGACCCCAAACCGCCAACAUCUCGAUCAGCCCCAAAAGGAUUACUUUCCCCCAAACCGCUGACAUCUCGAUCAGCCCCAAAAGCCUCAAAAGCUACCACCGCCCCAAAUGUCCCGGAGGGUGAUGUCGGGGGUCUCCGGCGCUCUAAAAGAAUCGCUGCCAAACAAGACAAGUGAGGUAUCUUCUCAGAAAAUACUUUAAAUCGCAAAUAUUUCUUUUUUUUUUCACCUCAUGUUCAUAUUGUUAAAGGUGUUUAUUUUAUAACGAGUGUUGAUUAAAGGUCCUAUCUAGGACAGACUUCUUUUUGAAAACUUGUUUUAAUUCAUAGCAGUAACUUUGUUUAGACUUUAGAGGAACCCAGUUUAGACUUUUAGACUUUGUUUGCUGCCCUCUUGUGGAUAUUUGGAGUUUUGCGUUUAUGGACACUGAAUGGUGGUAUUCACAAAUCAAGCGCAAUUAUGUUAGUUUACCCAGCAGUUUACGGUAAUACGUAAAAGCGUAUUACUGUAAAAAGCGUCUGUUCUGCACGUUGUAUAAUGUAUUAUUUUUUCAGGACACCUCAUGGUGAGAGUGUUUUGCUAAGCACCCUCUUGUAAUGGUUUUCUUGUGGUCUGUUCAGUCCUGACAUUAAUGUUGGCUUUGGUUUUGUGUUUUUGUCUGGAGAUGAAUAAAUGUUUUUCAACUGCUCCUACAUGUAUCUGGGUUUGUGUUGUGCAGUGUUUAGUCUUUUCAGUAAUAUCUAUGAAUUGCCACAGUGUAUGUUUGGUAUAAUGUGUGGUUGAACUGUGCAACCCAGCAGCCACUCUGGAACAGUGUUGUUUUCCAUAUUUAGUGAUGUUGGGUUAAACAAGCUCCUUUUGUGUUUCAUCAACAGAUUUUGUUGAUUUAGGUAUUUAUUACUUAAAUUAGAGAGAUCUGAUGUGUUUAUCAAAACAUUUCCCCUGGUUUCUUUUAACACUGUGUACAAUACAAGGUUGUUUUCACAAGGUUGUUUCAUCCUCAAGUUGUUCCAAAUCUUUGAAAAUGUCCUUGUUCUAAUAAACACAGAAAGAUAUUUUGAAGAAUGUAGGACAGCAAACAGUUGGCGCAAUUUUGACUACUUUUGUAAUUCUUCCUACUAUGGUAGUCAGUGGUGGCAUUCUUCAAAAUAUCUUUCUCUGUGCUCAUCAAUGUUGUUGGGGAUAACUGUGGAGAUUAUUAGGGUUUUUAGUGGAAUGUAACGCACAAAUGACUGCUACAAGGUUUGAAUUUUGGUGAAAGAGAGAGAGCACAUUAACACUUUGCUGAAUCACAGCUUCUAGUUAUCAUUGGCGUGGAAACAGUGGUUGAGACUGUGAGAGACUCCAAAUGUGGUUAACAAAUUAUCCAAGCCUAUGUGAUUUUAUACGACGGGUAACAACCUCCCUCGGGCUUACAUCAACAGAUUUCUGCUGGAUCUGAUAGAAUCGGUGUUGAAGCUGGUUACACUUUCAAAACAGUUGAUUUUGGAAAUUUUGUUUAAAUUUUCUCAGUCAUAAUGUCUUUCAGACCCUUUCUGAGGAAAUGCUUUCAGACUGUACUGCACACUCAUACAGAGUAAAGACAAGAUCAUGUCCCACCAUUGUUUACCAAAAAUGUGUUAUCAAGUAUUAGAGCAUUUGCAAGUAUUUCAAUAAGUCGUACAUUUUAGUGUUUUAAAGGUCCAGUAUGUCAUUUUUGGAGGAUCUAUUGACAAAAAUGC